UCCGCCCAAACGCCGUGUCAACAGACGCCGCUCCUCCGUCGCGCCGUCCAGGUGUACGGUGCGCGAUAUUGCGGAGAUCCUCCUCACCGUUUCGGAGCCUCGUCAAUAUAUCUGCCUGAGAUGGUCUCCUCGAUAAGCUUCAUCUCGGAUACCAGCUGUCCCUCGGACGUUUAAAAUGUUGCGUUCGCGCCCCCUCUCAUCUCUUGGACGGAGGACAACGCGGCUACGCCGCUGAAAGACAUCCCUGCCACGGCGAUGAGAAUUGGAGCUGCUUUUAUUUUAUAGGUCGAGGAGGAGAAGCUAGCAUUAUUAGGCUAGUUUACACCCGGAGGCGGCAGCUCUAGUGUUAUCGGAUUAUCUUGACCAUGGCUGGACUUAUCAAGAAGCAGAUCCUGAAGCAUCUCUCCAGGUUUGCAAAAAACCUGUCCCCGGACAAGAUCAACCUGAGCACGUUGAAAGGAGAGGGCCAACUCACCAACCUGGAGCUGGAUGAGGAGGUCCUCCAGAGUCUGCUGGACCUUCCCACCUGGCUGGCCAUUAACCGGGUUUUCUGCAACAAGGCUGCCAUCAGGAUACCUUGGACAAAACUGAAGACUCACCCAAUCUCUUUGACUUUAGACAAAGUGGUGAUGGAGAUGAGUACCUGUGAUGAGCCCAGGCCACCGAACGGCCCGUCUCCCAUAGCAACAGCAUCAGGACAAAGUGAAUAUGGCUUUGCUGAGAAGGUGGUUGAAGGUUUGUCCCUAUCGAUCAACUCCAUCGUCAUCAGGAUCAGUGCCAAGGCCUUCAACGCCUCGUUCGAGCUCUCCCAGCUGCAGGUCUACAGCGUCAACACCAGCUGGAACCCCAGUGACCUGCGUUUCACUCGCAUCCAAGAUCCUCAGCGGGGAGAAAUCCUGACUUUUAAAGAGAUCAGCUGGCAGAUGAUUCGCAUCGAGGCAGACGCGAUCCAGAGUGCUGAACAUGAGAUGUUGAGCGCCCCCAUCCGCCUCAUCACCAAUCAGUCCAAGAUCAGAGUUACUCUGAAAAGACGGAUCAAGGAUUGCAAUGUUGUGGCUUCCAAGCUCAUUCUUAUCCUGGACGACCUGUUGUGGGUCCUGACAGACUCUCAGCUGAAAGCUAUGGUGCAAUAUGCAAAGUCUCUCAGUGAGGCUAUGGAGAAGUCUGCACAACAAAGAAAAAGCAUGGCCACAGAGGAUCAGGUCUCAUCGACGCCCACUUCAGCCCAGCAGGUGCGCACCCAGCAGACGCCCAUGGCUGCUGAUCAGAGUGCAACCAUGGCCAAGUUGUUCAGUGCCUACGAUGUGUGUGAGACAUCACACCACCUCCAGAUAACACACCUGGACCUGCACAUCUGUGAUGACAUCCACACUACAGACAAAGUUAACAAUAAGAGGAUAACUGGCGGGGCAAUGCAGCUGUCCUUCAACUCCAUCACUCUGGAUUACUACCCUUUCCAUAGAGCAGGUGACAGUUGUGUCCACUGGAUGCACUACAGUGAAGCUACAAAAACCAGGGAAGUUUGGGCAAAGAGCCUCCUUGAUGAGUUCAAAUCUAGCAUGGAGAUGUUGAAGAGUGCCGCCCGCGACCAGCAAGGCCCAGGCUCUGGACGCAGUUCCCCGCAACAUGUGUCACUUAAGGAGGAUGUAAAUGAGCCGCUAGCAAGUCAGGAAAGAGAAGGAGGAGUAGGGCUUAGGGAGGCAGAUGGAGGACUCCUAGGGAGGAGGCCACACACACAACCUCCAGUCCAGUGUUGCUGGUGCCUAGAGCCAGGAAAGAUUAAGACUUCAUCCUCCAGCACCUCCUUUAGUCCUCCUCCCCCUCAAACCCCCAAAACACAUCUCAUGUCCAGCUCAAUUGUUUUAAGGAUGGCCGACUUCAGCAUCUACCAGGUUUCAACAGCAGACCAGCGGCGCUCAAGCCCAAAGACCAUGAUUUCCUGUAAUAAGAAGUCCUUGUACCUUCCUCCAGAGAUGCCUGCUAUCCAUGUUGAAUUCACAGAGUAUUAUUUUCCUGAUGGAAAAGACUAUCCUAUUCCGUGUCCCAACCUGUACGCCCAGCUCAAUGCUCUGCAGCUGGUUCUGGAUCCUCGCAGCCUGGUUUGGAUCAACCUCUUUGCUCUGGACCUCAGACAGAGUCUGGAGCAGUUCAUGGAGAUCUACAAGCUCAACGACUCGCAGAAACCUGACGAGCAUGUGGACAUUAAGGUCGACGGCCUCAUGCUCAAGCUUGUGGUUCCCACGGACUCGGACGCCUCCUGUCCGGCUGACCUGCCACGCUCCAUCUCCAUACAGUCUUCAGAGAUGGUGGCCACCAACACCAGGCAUCCCACCUACUGCACUCGCUCCCACCUCGAGGCUUUGCUGCAGGCCUUUGAAGAGGAGGUUUUCUUCUCUACGUCUUCAAACGCUUUCCCUCACUCCUCAUCCUCCAUUCCCAUCCUCCAUCCGGUCUUCCAGAGACACGCUAAAGAAGAAGACACAAAGCAGCAGGAGAUCUGUCGUGGGCUGGUGGUGCCCACGAUGUGCACGGACGCUCUCAAGACGCCUGCCGCCACCGACGUGUGGGCGCUGCACUUUUCCCAGUUUUGGGUGGACUAUGAAGCCACCCGGGGAGGUAAAGGGCGACCUCAGCCCUUCGUGGACUCCUUUCCACUCACCGUGUGGGCGUGUCAGCCAGCAAAGCUGGUUCAGCACGAGGAGAAACUGAGGAGCUCAGCAGGAUCAGGGCUUUCCAGAAGCACAUCUUCAGAGGCGGUUGCACGUCUCCAGAGGAAACGGCUGCUAAAAGAGUAUUACAGCACUGACAGUGCACCGACGUCUUCUCAAAGCAAAAACGCCACACUGCCACACAGUAAUGGACUCCAUAAACCCCCUUCACUGGACAGUCCGCGCUCCUCAGCCUCGCCUGUGUCAGCGGCUAGUAAAAAUGCAGAUGUGCACGUGUUGAUCCAUGUGCAGAAGCACUUAAGUGCACAGGUGAGCCACAGGCAGUAUGUUUUUCUGAUGCAUCUUCAACGCAGCCUCAAAGCCCUGCAGCAGACGCUCCAGCAAGACCUGGAGGAGAUGGGCUCCAAGAGAGAACGCAAAGACACCUCCCAGCGGAAUGCAGACCACCAGCCAUUCUCCUUCUGCUUGGGCCUCCUCCUCAAAAGUGCUGAGGUGUCCCUCUUCCUGAAGCCACUUCCCCAAUCUGAGGGCUCCCCUUUGGGGUCAGAGCUUUCUCCUUCUGAGAGCAGAGCAACCCUGGAGCCGGCAGAUUCUGGAGAUGGAGUAGAAAAAGGCCAUGAAGGAUCUGGAUCAGAAGGAGGAGCAAAUAAGCAGUCUGUGGACCAGCUGUUGUGUGGUGACGGUCCAGAGGAUGAAGCUAGGCCGGGUCUUGCUCCUUUGGUCCCUUCCUCCACCUCUGACUUAAAUCGUAAAGCUUCAGUACAGGAGAACGCUGGACAGGAUAGUUCAAAUGAAGGAGGGGAGGCUUUUGGUGCCAGUGAUGAAGUAGCUGUUGGGUCAGAACCUAAAACCCACACGAGCGACCUUUUUUCGGACCCUCUUGGCAGCAAAGACCCAUGCGACGGAGACAAAACUGCAGCUGGAAAGAUGCCUCAGUCCAUGUCAAGGAAAGGAAGUUUGUCUGUGGUUUCUGAUCUUCUCAGCUCCUCAAAUUCCAGCAGAUCCUCCUCCCUUUAUUCCAUGUCCAACAUUGGACGGUUGAUGCGUGACCGCUCCCAGUCCAGCUUCUCAGUGUCUUAUAAAAACAUGAAGAAGAGUCCGUCCCUGCAGUCGCUGGACAACAUUUCCAUUGACAGCUAUCUGAUGGAGGAUGGAGACACGUACAGCUUGCUAGAGCGAGAUGAUGUUUCCAUCUCAGGCUUUAAGGGGGCCGUUAGUGAGCAGAUCGCCAUGGAGAGCGCCAACGAGGCAGUGGUCAGGAAGGAGCAGGAAGGAGGCGCUUCGCCUGACAGUGCCAGCGCAGCAUCUCAGAGUAUUGAUGAACCCACCAAAGAUCUAGUGUCUGUGCUGGUACUGAAGGUGCAGCCAGUCUGUGUGAGCAUGGAGGUGGAGGGCGAGAGCUCGGCCGUGGCUCUGGAGGUGGGCCGGGUCAUUCCCAGCCAGCUGGGCAACAUCAGCCUCAGACAGUACCUGAGCAACCGCAGCCUUGGUAUGGUGUGUUCACUACCAAUACCUGAUCAGAGCAGCCAAGCUGGAGGUGAGAGCCAGUCUGCUUCUGCACACGGCCCCCAUCGUCCGGAGGUGCAGGCACGCCUGGAAAGCGGGCCCUGCGCCGCCGCCCACUCCCCUCUGGCCGAGCGCAACGGGUUCCUGCAACUGCGCCUCCACGGAUACCACGCAAGUUUUCUGAUGUCCACGCUACGCAACCUCUCCCUUUUCAUGGAGGACGACUCCGCCUCUCAGGUGCUGCCCAUGGAGAUCUGUGUCAGGGACACGCACAUCGAUCUAAAGGAUGAUGGUCCCCGUGACAACACCACCGACGGCGAGCCCACGCCGAUCACUCUCCACGUGGACAGCCUCGUCGUACACAGAAGAGAUGAUGGUUCCUUCUCCUUCGGAGUCGACAAACAACCGGAGCCCAACCCCCAAAAAGCCGGUUCAGUGGUCGUAGAUGCUCUCAGUCCAAUUUCCGAAUCGGUUAAGAGCGUCUGCAGGAUGUCAACGGCAACACAGACCCAGACUCCACCCACCACCCCCCUGCCAUCUUCCAGUGAGAAGUUGCUGAUGGAAGAGAACGAAUGCCUGAAGAUUGAACUGUCCCGGGCCAAGAUGGCUCUGGCUGAAGCUCAGAUGGAGAAGGAUUCGCUUCUUCACCGCAUGAAGAACCUCAAAGUGAACAGCAGCUAGACGAGGGUUUGUGCUUCAUUUCCAGACGUCGUCAGAGCCUGAGCGGUCUGCAGUGAUGAACGUUAUCAUCAAGUGAAGAAAAAAAAAGGCACUUUCUUUACCUUCAGCUGCUCUGCUUUCCGUGAGCCAGCAAAAACUUCCAUCGAAAGUAAUUCAGCCUGUGUGACGAUUUAGAAAAUAGACGUUUUUAUAUGCUAGAUGUCUUAAAUAUCUCCUUCAUUUAUGACUAAGUUUAGCAGAAAUGCUUUUCUGGGGGGAAAAGAAGUUCAUUUACAACCAUAGCUGUGCCUACAGAAAAAAACCCUCCCUCUUGUGUAAUUUGAAGUGCAACUCCUGACAGAUGAGCUUCAUCCAAACCUGAUGGAAUGAGUGAACACGGAAUGAAUGUGGAAACUUCUAAAGAAGGAAAUAUUUUGCACUGCAUUUUAGUGUUUCUUAUAUUCAGAAGAUGACAGAGCGUACGGCGCUCCUCAUCGCCCUCUGAGUGUGUACAGUGUAUAGUCAACAAGAAUGUGAAGACGGCUCUUUUCUACACAACCGAAUGGUCAUGAAGUGUUUGUGUUGUGCGUUUUUUUUUUGUUUUUUUUUUCUGACAAAAAAAACCCCCAACAAGCAUUUAAUUUAAAAUAAGAGAUUUCUGUCAGUUUUACAGCAUUGUCCCGCAAAACGCAUCUCUGCGCCCUCUUUGUUCUAUUUUUGUACGUGUAAAUAGCUGCUUCACACGCACUUUUAAAAACGGAGGCACUGUAAAAUACGACAACAAUGACUGUGAACAGAACAAGAGGAGAACGCAAUGGAAUAAAAAACACAAGAAGCAUGGUCAUCUUUGGAACAAAAAGGGAGAUCGGCACAAUGAUGCUGCCUGACUACAUGUUAUUUUAUGGUAGAUCUGAACUUCUCUAGAAAAACCAUUUUUAAGGAUGUGCGAUAAGCGUAUGUGCUGCUUUUUCCUUUUCAGUGUGAAAACUAGAAAUCCACCGGCUUUUUCUAACGGGCAAUAAACCUGAAAGUGUCGGCAAAAGAAUGAGACACAUGACGAAACUUUUCUAACUUGUUCCAUUUCAUUUCAAAUUGGGAGUUGUAUAGCAUUAAAAAUAAACUCUUUACAGGUUCUUUAUUUAAAAAAACUGCUUUUCUUUCAUAGGUUGUUGUUUUUCUGCUAUUAGAAAUCAAUUGAAAGGAUUUAAAAAAUGACACAUUGAGCUGUAUUUUGUCUGUCAAAGCUGCUGGAAUACUGAUGGGAAUAAAAAAUGAAUAUAUUUCAAUGAAUUCUC